UGACUUUAGCAAUGGAGCAUACAAUUUCUUCACCGAAGUAUUCUGUACAAACAGCAGAUGAUCCAUUGACGAUGAUUAGCCCAAUAUUCUUUCUCGUUCUAGCGGUGGUGGAUUUCACUCUGUCUGUGGUUACUACAACAGCGAACGGAGCGCUAUUGUGGACAAUUAGUCGUGACACUCGUCGCCUACUUCAAACGCCUCCGUCUUUGCUGAUCGCAAACUUGUGUGUUUCUGAUCUAACGGUUGGAUUGAUUGCUGGUACUCUUGUAGGCGUGAAAGAUGUUUAUCGAUAUCAAGGUUUGGACGUUCCCGAGUUUCUGGAUCUUAUAAUCCGUUUGGUGCUUGGAUUAUCACUCUUUGUCAGUAGUGGGUCUAUCAUAGCUCUGUCCUGCGAUCGCUACAUUGCUGUAAUGCAUCCGUUUAAAUACCGAACCAACAUGACUAAGGAAAGAAUUAGGAUUUGCAUCGCUAGUAUCUGGGGAAUUGCCGCGACUGUGUGCUUUCUACCGUUAACAAAUGUUCCUGAAGAAAUAUUCAAGAUCGUGUAUGCGCAUACUCACGCAUCGUUCCCCGCCAUAUUGUUAACAAUCAUGUACUGUAAAGUCUUCCUCGCUUUGGGAAAAAGGAAACGCGAACUUAAAGAAGCUGGAAUCACCGCCACGAUGAAAAGCAAACAAGCGUUAGACCGCGAAAGGAACAUGGUCGUGACAAUUCUGAUUGUGUUGGCGUUAUUCUACGUGACAGUCGUACCUGAAUUCGUUGCGUUACAUCUAAUGUACUUUUGCCAGUCGUGCAAACGAUCAAUACUUUUUAGAAAGUUGGAGAUUGUGUUUUCGCGAUUUCUUUUCCUUAAUUCUGCCUUAAAUCCCUUUGUGUGUGCAUGGAGAUUGCCCAAGUAUCGCCACGUAUUCCUAAGGGAUCGCUCUAGCAAAUUUCCACCCACAAAGGUUUAAGUUCUUCGCGAUCGAUCAUAGACUAUACUUUUUAUUAAGACACGCUGGGAAUUUUAGGAGCGCCUGCAUCCUCCAGACUACUGGUAUUCGUUGCACGACCUUUUUUGUAAAUAUAAAAAAAAAUAUGUCUAUAAGUGUAAAUUAUUCAGUUGUAUCUAAUAAAGCAUAGCAAGCUAAGAUAAUUGAUUUUGCUCAUUCGAAUACUUUACGAACAGAUGGAUAAUUGGCAAAGAGAUAAAUACGGCUGUUUCAUGUGUUCUGCAAGCGUAACGGUAAUUUUCAAAGCAAUCUUCACCAUUGUUA